ACAUCAAGCAUCCAGCAACAUCAUCAACAUCCAAUUGAUACACUCCUCAACUCAAGAAAUAAAUACACAAUGUCUUUCUUUGGCUCAUCCUCCUCCUCCAAGUCCUCCGAAGACGCAUCUUCAACCGCCCUCAAAAAUGCUCUCAUGCAACAAGUCCAAACCGAAGCUGCCGUGGCCAACGCCCGCACUCUUGUCAGCAAAAUAAACGAAAACUGCUUCGACCGCUGUAUCCCCACCCCCGGCUCUUCACUCUCAUCCAGUGAAUCAACAUGUCUCUCAUCUUGUAUGGAGAAAUACAUCAAUGUUUGGAAUACGACUAGUCGUGCUUAUAUUUCGAGGGUGCAAAAGGAGUCGAAGAGGAUGGGUGCUGGGGCGGAUGUUUUGGGGGCUCUUGGUGGGCAGCAAUGAUCCAUAUAUGACUUUGUAUUACAAUAGAAGGUUUCCGGGGAUGGGUUUAAUAUAGUGUGUGCGAUAGUAUCGGGUAUUGGAAGACUAUGGGGGUUAUGUCUUUGUAUAUUAGAUAGAAAUUCGACUUUCAUGUAUUUGUAUGAAUACACACUACUCAAUGAUUACCACUUAGUGAU